AUGUGUCAUUCAGCCUCUCCCUUUGAGUCUCGAAUGGUUCAAUAUUCGGAUCUGCACUGGCAGGUAAACGCCUGCGAUCAACUGGAAAAACUUUCCUUUCUCCGUGCAGUCGACUCCUCCCUUGACCCUAAAAGCAGGGAAUACUACUUCAUUCACUUGACAUUUCAAGAAUACUUCGCGGCCCAAUACUUUGUGAGGCAUUGGAAAGAGAAAGAGCCACUGGUGUCAGUCAUCUUUGGCACCCAACACCCAGUGCAAGUCAGCCCGGAUCAGUUUGUCGAGUGUGAAAAGUACAACAGACAUUAUCAUGUCAUGUGGCGGUUCGUCACAGGGCUUCUCCAGACCGAAUGUGAAAGUGUCCUUUAUCCAUUCCUACAAACAAAUGGCUCGUACCUUACCUGGAUUAUCCGUUUAAAAAUCAGAAAGCGGCUGAAGUCCUCGCCAAUCAAAAAAAGCCUGCCUCUGGAUAUCCUUAAAACUUCGGUACUGCAUCUCGAAUCCAGCACCAUAGAAACAAGGCACGCCGCUGAAAAGGCAUUGAGACACAAAAGCUUCCAUUCCUUACUCCCGCAUCUGAGUGCCGAGGAAUGGGUAUCGUGGCUCAAAGUACUUCGAGAGAGAAAUUUCAAGGAAAGCAUAACUUGUUUCGUGACGGAGGGUAACCUUUGCGUUGAGAUUCCAGGGGUUUCCUCGGAAAUCAAUAUCAGGGAUUGUGAUCAAAGGGAAAAGCUACAGAGAGCGCUCAAAGUCCUGGACGAAAGAAAUGGUGAAGUCGCUUGAUGGCGUUUUUGAACACCUUGGCUUUGAACCCGAGAGUUCCGAGGACCGAGUAUAUAAAGAAGAUGUAGACAUAUAUCUGAAAUGGUGCUG